AUGUCAUUAGUUGUUAAACCAUAUCAAGCUCUUUCAAAGCUAAAAAGGUUUUAUGGUUUUAAGUAUCUAUUAAACCCAUUGAUUCAUGAACAGAUUUUUGAUAGGCUGAAACUAGAAGAUACGUAUGGUGAUUUUAGCAAAGUUAAGGUUAUUGAUUUAUAUCCUGGUCCUUCUCAGCAUUCAGCUAUCUUUAAUAAUAGGUAUAAACCUGCCAAGCACGUUUUGGUAGAAAAUAGAGCUUCAUUUCUGUCACAUAUCAAAGAAACCUAUACUGAUUCUAAAUUUGGCAUUUAUGAUAAAGAUCCAUAUGAAUGGUCCACUUAUACUGAUAUGAUCGAACGUCAUAAAGUGUUAACUCCAGAAGUUCAGUCAAGAGAUAAAAUUCAUGACAAAUUUUUAGCUAUUGCGCAUUUAACUAAUUCGUCAUCUGAAGGUCUCUUCAUGCAAUGGCUGACAUGCAUUGGGACUGGUAAUUGGAUAAUGAAAUAUGGCCGUGUUAAAAUGUUGGUUUGGUUACCUACAGCAACAGCUGUUAAGCUUCUAGCUGUUCCUGGGAAAGUUGGGAGAUCGAAAUGUUCCAUUUGCACAGAAGCAUUUACUGAUACUAAACUUAUCGCAUAUACAGAAGGGAAAGAAGUUCAAAAAUUUAAUCAAGAUUUACUAAAAAGACAUAACCCACUGGAAAUAAAAAAUGCAGAUACAGCUCCAAUCGUCUUAGAUUCCAUCUCCUUACUAGAAGUUAAUCCAAAGAAAAAUGAUAUACAGCUAGAGUAUUGGGAUUACGUUACAAAGCACCUGAUGAUUCUUAAAACGAGAAAACUAUCAGAAGCUUUGGAAUCCCUGGGACAUGGGGCAAGGGAUUAUUUUGCCGCUAAUGUAAAGGAUAUAUCCAUCUUUGACAAAUUUCCUGCUGAGUUGACAAAUGAAGAAUUCAUAUAUCUUACUGAUAUUUUUUACAAAUGGCCUUUCAAACCAGAUAUUUAUAUGGAUUUCAUUGAUGUAUAUCAAGAUAAUGAUUGA